AUGAUCCACCAACAAAAGCCACAGGGAGGAAAUCUAACGUAUCUGAAGGAAUUUGUUCUACUGGGAUUUUCAGAUGUUCCUCACCUCCAGUGGUUUCUAUCUGGACUGUUGGUUGUCAUUUAUUGCUUCAUCUUAUUGGGCAAUGGCACCAUUGUAAUAAUCACAAGGGUGGACUCUGCUCUUCAGACCCCCAUGUAUUUUUUUCUUGGCAAUUUUUCCUUUUUAGAGAUAUGUUAUGUGUCAGUUACUCUGCCCAGAAUGGUCUUCAACCUCGCCACUCAGAGAAGAACCAUCUCUUUCACGGCCUGUGCUACACAAAUGUGCUGCACUCUUAUCCUGGGGGCCACAGAGUGUUUCCUGCUGGCUGUCAUGGCCUAUGAUCGGUAUGUGGCCAUCUGUAACCCUCUGCACUAUCCUCUAGUCAUGAGCCAAAGGGUGUGUUCUCAGCUGGUGAUUGGCUCCUGGAUCAGUGGAAUUCCAGUACAGAUAGGGCAGACAUCGCAGAUUUUUUCUCUUCCCUUUUGUCAUUCCAACCAAAUCAACCACUUCUUCUGUGACAUCCCCCCAGUACUUCACCUGGCCUGUGGGGACAUGAUUGUGAAUGAAAUGAUGGUUUUUCUAGGUGCUGUGAUAUUUGUGUUGGUUCCAUUCUUGUUAAUAGUCUUUUCCUACAGUAAAAUCAUUUCUACAGUCCUGAAGUUGCCAUCAGUCACAAGUCAGGCCAAAGCCUUCUCUACAUGUUCAUCUCAUCUUGCAGUUGUGAUGUUAUUUUUUGGAUCUGCUAUGAUUACAUAUUUUAGAUCUAAUAUUAGUCAUUCAGGUCAAACUGACAAAGUGCUUUCUCUUUUCUAUACUGUUGUGACUCCCAUGUUUAAUCCCAUGGUAUACAGUCUAAGAAACAAGGAUGUCACAAUAGCAUUGAGAAAAUUCUUGUGCAAACAAUUUACUAAAACAUAA